CAGGGGCGCUAGGCAUUGCUCACUUAAGAUUUGCUAUUUGAAUAGCAAGGCUACGACAAUGCUUCCGAAUAGGGAUAGAGUAUCAUCUUUCGAAAUUAGUAGGCCUAGUGGAAAAUAAAAUAUUUAAUCUGGAUUUAAGGUGGAAAACAUAUAGACAAUUUGGAGCUUCCGUCGGUCCGUGUGCCAAAAUUAUGUCAAUGUAUCAUCAAAUGGAAUAAUUGGGUUUGAUUUAUUUGAGAUCGUAACGUUGGAUAUAGCUUCGGUUGGUUAUUUCGCAAGACUGGUGUGCCAUAUAUAUUUUUUUAAGUUGACCUACGGACUGGACAGCAAAAGGAGUCGCACAGCUUUACCGAGACCAUCAGAAUACAUUUUCUGCGCUAACGCAGAGGAGAUGGGCAGGAGAGGCGGCGAGCACUGCUGUCGGCUUGCGAGAGAAGAGCAGAGCCGUUUGGGUUUGCAUGGAUUCGGAUUCUAAGGUCCCCUUCGAUCAACUCAGACCUCAGAAUAACGUCCCCUUUGCCGCUGACAGCUUGACGGUUGGUCUAUCUAUCUGCCUGGCGGACCGGGCUAACGGCAAGAGGCAGGGAGGAAAAGAAGAGCGAGUCAUCACUUCUCCGGUUUGAUCGAUCGCCCGGAAGCAGAACGGGCUUGGGGGACCAGUUUGAGUGUGCGUGAGGAAACCGAUAUCGCCUCUGGGGCAUUCUUUCAACGGCAGGAGUCUGUGCUACAGCACGUUUGACUGAGGAGGAGGCGCUGAAACAAACAAUAUAAACCUUUACAGCUGACCAAAUAGAUACCUCAGAGUCAAGAAGGGUCGAUAGGAAAAGGGGCAUUACGCAGUGUCGACCAAAAACAACAACUCAGGAAACAAAUACAGGUGUUGUGAGGUACCAGCCACAGCCCAGUGCUGGAUCCCAGAGGGCUCGUCAGUGUGGUAAGGACCCCCAGGACCCCAGAGGGUAGAUGGAUCGCUUCAGGCCGAGGCUGACGAGGCCGGGGUCGGGGCCGGGGAUCAGGACGGGGUCGUCCUCCUCCUACCAAGCCUGCCUCUGGUUUGGCCUGCUCUCCGUGGCCGCAGCCUUCCUGGGCGCAGAGGGCGCCCGCACCACCCCCAGCCCCACCACCACCACAGACUCCCACAAUGCCACCUGCUCCGAGGGCACGUCCAGGUGCAAGCCAGGGAUCGUCCUGCCCAUCUGGUACCCUGAGGAUCCCUCCAUGGGGGAUAAGAUGGCCCGCGUCAUCGUCUACUUCGUAGCUAUGAUCUACAUGUUCCUGGGAGUGUCCAUCAUAGCGGACCGCUUCAUGGCGGCCAUCGAGGUCAUCACCUCCCAGGAGAAGGAGAUCAUUAUCAAGAGAGCCAACGGAGAGACCACCACCGCCACCAUCAGAGUCUGGAACGAGACGGUCUCCAACCUCACCCUCAUGGCCCUGGGUUCUAGUACCCCUGAGAUCCUGCUGUCUGUCAUCGAGGUCUGCGGACACGACUUCCAAGCCGGGGAGCUGGGGCCGUCUACGAUCGUCGGCAGCGCUGCCUUCAACAUGUUCGUGAUCAUCGGCCUGUGUGUGUCUGUGAUCCCAGAGGGGGAGACGAGGAAGGUGAAACAUCUCAGAGUGUUCUUUGUGACGUCGGCGUGGAGUAUCUUCGCCUACAUCUGGCUCUACAUGAUCCUGGCGGUGUUCAGUCCCAACGUGGUCCAGAUAUGGGAGGGGCUGCUCACCCUGGCCUUCUUCCCCAUCUGUGUCAUCCUGGCCUGGGUAGCCGACCGACGACUCCUCUUCUACAAGUUCAUGCACAAGAAGUACCGCGCCGACAACCUCCGCGGUGUGAUCAUCGAGACCGAGCACGAGCGCUCCAAGGGCAUCGAGAUGAUGGACGGCGGUGGCAAGAUGGUCAACUCGCACUUCGCCCACGACGGAGGCGCCGCCAAUAACCUCAUCAGCCUGAUCGAGGGAAAAGAAGUAGACGAGUCUCGGCGGGAUAUGAUCCGGAUCCUGAAAGACCUGAAGCAGAAACACCCAGAGAAGGAGAUGGACCAGCUGGUAGAGAUGGCUAACUACUACGCCUUGUCUCACCAGCAGAAGAGUAGAGCCUUCUACCGCAUCCAGGCCACGCGCAUGAUGACGGGCGCCGGGAACAUCCUGAAGAAGCACGUGACGGAGCAGACCAAGAGGAGCGCCAGCGUGCAGGAGGUGUGUGUGGUGGGGGAGGAAGUGGAGGAGUACGUGUCACAGAUCGCCUUCGAACCCGCCGUGUACCAGUGCCUGGAGAACUGUGGCGCCGCCCUGCUGGCCAUCGCCAGGAAGGGCGGCGACAUGGCCAAUACCAUUUACGUGGAUUACAAGACGGAGGACGGCUCGGCCAACGCCGGCGCAGACUACGAGUUCACCGAGGGCACCGUGGUGUUCAAGCCCGGCGAGAUUGUCAAGGAGAUCAGCGUCGGAAUCAUCGACGACGACAUCUUUGAGGAGGACGAGCACUUCUUCGUGCGUCUCAGCAACGUGCGCGUCCUGGAGUCAGACGAGGACGAGACGCUACUGUCCCCCAACUCUCUCCCGUACCCCAAGGCCCUGCUGGGGUUCCCGUCCAUCGCCACGGUUACCAUCCUGGACGACGACCACGCCGGGAUAUUCACCUUCGAGAGCGACACGUGUCAGGUGAGCGAGAGCGUGGGCGUGAUGGAGGUGAAGGUGCUGAGGACUUCGGGGGCGAGGGGGACGGUCAUCGUGCCCUAUCGUACAAUGGAGGGGAUCGCCAAGGGAGGAGGGGAGGACUUUGAGGACACCUACGGAGAACUGGAGUUCAGGAACGACGAGACCUGCAAGACAUUUCAUGUGAAGGUGAUAGACGAUGAGGAGUAUGAGAAAAACAAGAACUUCUUCCUGGAGCUGGCCGAGCCUCGCAUGGUUGACAUGAGCCUACAGAAAGCACUGUUACUAGCUGAAGAUGUCCCUAAAUUGUCGUCAGAGGUAGAGGAAGCUAAGCGGAUUGCAGAGAUGGGGAAGCCAGUCCUGGGGGAACACUCCAAAAUGGAGGUCAUCAUCGAGGAGUCCUACGAGUUCAAGAACACGGUGGACAAGCUGAUCAAAAAGACCAACCUGGCUCUGGUGGUGGGCACCAACUCCUGGAGGGAACAGUUCAUGGAGGCCAUCACAGUCAGUGCAGGAGACGAGGAUGAGGAGGACUCUGGUGAAGAGCGUCUCCCGUCCUGUUUCGACUACGUCAUGCACUUCCUCACCGUCUUCUGGAAGGUCCUGUUCGCCUGUGUUCCUCCCACGGACUACCUGAACGGCUGGGCCUGCUUCUUCAUCUCCAUCAUCAUCAUCGGCAUGCUGACCGCCGUAAUAGGAGAUCUGGCCUCUCACUUUGGCUGCACCAUCGGCCUGAAGGACUCUGUCACCGCCGUGGUGUUCGUAGCGUUGGGUACAUCUGUCCCUGACACGUUUGCCAGUAAGGUAGCGGCGGUGCAGGACACGUAUGCAGACGCCUCCAUCGGUAACGUGACGGGCAGCAACGCGGUCAACGUGUUCCUGGGCAUCGGGGUGGCGUGGUCGAUAGCCGCCAUCUACUGGCACAUGCAGGGCAAGCAGUUUGUGGUGGAGGCUGGCUCCCUGGCCUUCUCCGUCACCCUCUACACCAUCUUCGCCUUCCUGGGGGUCUCCGUGCUGCUGUACCGCCGACGGGCCCACAUCGGGGGGGAGCUGGGCGGGCCGCGCGGCCAUAGACUGGCCACCUCAGCCUUCUUCUUCAGUCUCUGGUUCCUCUACAUCCUCUUCUCCAGCAUGGAGGCCUACUGUCAUAUAGAGGGCUUCUAGAACAUCCUGGAACACGUCUGGAACACUUCUGGAACACUUCUGGAACACUUCUGGAACACUUCUGAAAGACUUCUGGAACACUUCUAGAACACUUCUGAAAGACUUCUGGAGCAUUCUAGAGCCUCCUUACAGGAGGUUCAAAGUAGAACUUUAGGAGGUAAAAGUCGGAUUCUCAGUGUGGAAUGAUGGAAUGAUGCAAUGAUGGAAUGAUGGAAUGAUGGAAUGAUGGAAUGAUGGUUUGUCGAUAUUAAGGGAUGAGAAGAGAAGAAUAGAAAGUGAAGGGGGUUUGUGGUGGUAGUAGCCCCCUCCCCUUCACCCCUCCACCCCUCAACCCCCCUCUAAGGACCCCCAGACGUGGUCAGUCUAUCUAUCUCUGUUAAGGCAGGGAGAGCCGGUCUGUUACUCACAUGGGAGUGCUUACAGCUGGGAUUGGGGAACCAUCGGGUGAGAGCAGCAGGAGUGGGUCUCAUCUGGUCCGGUCUGGUCUCAUCUGGUCUGGUCUGGUCUCAUCUGGUCUGGAUUCCACUAGAAGAGACAACAACUAGUCUUAAGCUGGAGAGAUCUGAGCUAUCAGAAGAAGUCUAUAUUUUUCUCAACACCUUGAUGAAAACAACUUUUUUUAAACAACAACAAAAAAGACAAAUCAAAGAUACUAUUUUCUGAUCUUACAUUAUGGAGAACAAAAAAUAUGAUAUCAUUAAUGGAAAAUAUGUUGUUGAUGAUGAGUGACAAUUGAAUGGACUCAUAGUAUUAAUUUUUUAUUUUGCUUAGUUUCUUAUUUUUAAGGAACGAAGGCAGCAGCAGAGUUCUCAGAGGCAAAGAGGAGAGUGGAGAGAGGAGAGGAAAGAGAGGAGAGAGGAGAGGAAUGAGAGGAGAGAGGAGAGGA